AUGGGGGCGGUGACAAUGGCGAGCAGCUUCCUCGUCCUCCGCCCGCGGGCGUCUUUGCCGUCGGCGUCGCAUCCUCGUCGUGCGCCCACGAGCGCCCCGCGGCGCCUCCUGGCCACGGCUGCUGAAACUCAUCCGCGGGAGGGGCUCUCCGUGGUGGCCGGCGAGACGAGGGCGAGGGCGACGACGACGCGGCUCUACUCGCUGGCGCCGUGCCCGGUGCUGCUGGCGGCGCUGCUGCCGGGGGCGGAGCCCAUCAGCGCGGCGUUCGAGCCCUUCGUGGAGCUGGUCAGGACCUUCAGCCUCCCCGACUGGCUCGUGCACUGGGGACACCCCGGCAACAUGGCCGUGGUGCUGUUCGCAAUGGGUGGGUACGGGACAUACCUGGGAUUCAGGAUCAAGCUGUCUGACGACCCUGAGGAGAAGGCCAAGGCCAAGGACCUCCACCCCAAGCUCCUCGGCGGCAUGUUCUUCUUCUUCGCCCUCGGUGCCACCGGCGGGGUCACCGCCCUCCUCACCUCCGGCAAACCAAUCCUCGAAAGCCCUCACGCGGUAACCGGUGCCAUUGGCCUUGCACUCCUGACCGUGCAGUCUCUCCUGCCAACAUUGUUUGAGGGAAACCCUGGGCUGAGAGGCGCGCACGGCCUACUCGGCAGCAGCAUCAUGACGCUCUUCCUUUUCCACACCGCGUUUGGGCUGCAGCUCGGCCUCAGUUUUUAG